AUGGCUUCCUCAGCUGUGCCAUCAUCGAGGUCAUCACGGCCCAUCCGAAUCGCCAAUUGCUCUGGUGCUCUAACUGAUCCGGGCAUCUUAAUGUACAACCAGGCCAAGUAUGGCCCUGUCGAUGUCAUCACAGGCGAUUACCUCGCAGAGGUGAGCAUGGCCGGCAGUGCGAUGCAGCAUGCGUCAAAUGGCACGGGCUGGAUCAGAUCCGCAUUCGAUGGAAUCCAGCUGUCCCUGGAUCUUAUAAACGAAAAGCGAAUCAAGGUAGUCGUCAACGGCGGAGCCAUGAACCCAAAAGGUUUGGCGGAAAAGAUUCACGAAUUGAUUCAUAGCAAAGGCUAUAAACUUCGUGUGGGUUACGUCGAAGGCGACAAUUUGAUGCAUAAAGUCCAUCAUUUACUCUCUAACCCUCUCCCUCAUCUCGACGGCGCAAAUCCCAACGUUCAGUAUGACAAAGACACUACAUCGUUUCUGGAUUCACCCGAGGAGAUGCCAAUUGUCGCAGCCAGCGCAUAUCUCGGUUAUCGUGCAAUUAAGAAAGGCCUGGAUGAAGGUGCAGAUAUUCUCAUCUGUGGUCGUGUUUCUGAUGCCUCACCAGUCAUCGGUGCCGCUGCUCAUUGGUAUAACUGGGCUGAAUCCGACUUUGAUCAGCUUGCCGGGUCGCUUAUUGCAGGCCAUCUAAUUGAAUGCUCGACUUAUGUCACUGGCGGCAACUUUUCUGGUGCAUAUAAACACCCUCACAGUGAUUUCCUGCGUCUGGCUCCGGGCAUUGCGGAAGUUCUCCCUAGCGGCGAAUGCAUAGUUACCAAGCACGAUUCUCUGAAUGGAUUUGUUACCCCCGACACAGUCAAAUCACAAUUCUUGUACGAGCUGCAAGGAAACAUUUACCUCAACAGCGACGUGAAAGCGGAUAUUUCCAACAUAGCAAUCGUCAAGGAAUCCAAAGAUCGAGUCCAUGUAUCUGGCGUCAAAGGCUAUCCACCUCCGCCUACGACAAAACUCGCCAUUUUCUACAAGGGAGGGUAUCAGUGCGAGCAUUUGCUGAAUGCCAACGGAUAUGCAACAGACCACAAAUGGGACAUGCAGGAGUUGCAAUUAAAGGAUACACUUAAAGAAUGGAAAAUAUUGGACAAGUUCGACGUCUUAGACUUCCAAAUUAUCGGUACACCGAUGAAGGACCCUGAUUCGCAAAACGCUUCUACCACAUACAUGAGAAUAUUUGCUCAGUCUAAAGACAGAGACGUUCUGACUAGAUUGCACAAGGCCUGGCACUAUCAGUUCAUGGCGCAUUUCCCGGGAAUGCACUAUUCGAUGGAUACACGUCUACUAACACCUAAGCCGUUCCUUGGCUACUACCCAGCUAUCGUAUCUCAAACCGAGAUUGAAGAGACCGUUACGAUAAUCGGUGACAGCUCAGCCGAAGAGAGGAUUCGCCAUCUUGUCCACCCACCCAAAAAGACAGAGCCGCUGUCACCUCGGGAAAAUUACGAGACAAGAGAUCCUGUGCCUCUAGAAAACUUCGGCCCGACUGUCAAUGUUCCACUGGGGGACCUCAUCCUCGCUCGAUCAGGCGACAAAGCAGGCAACAUCAACAUUGGCCUGUUUGUACAGACACCGGAGCAGUGGGAAUGGUUCCGCUCAUUCAUGACCAAGGAUAGGCUGCGCUCCCUGAUGAGGAAAGAUUGGAAGGACUGGUAUUUCCUGGAGAGGGUCGAAUUCGCAAAUAUUUACGCCGUUCAUUUUGUCAUUUAUGGGUCGCUGGGAAGAGGUGUAACUAGCUCAAGUCGGCUGGAUAAUCUGGGCAAAGGAUUUGCAGAAUUUAUUCGGGCAGUUCACGUUGAUAUCCCUCAAAAAUUUCUCGAGGAAACUGCCCGCUCGUCAAAACUUGAGCACCUAUAG